CAUUGCCAGAGCCCACAUCAUCGACAGCACCAUUAACCAGUAACGAACCUAACGACUUAUUUACUAGCCCAGAAUGCCUCGCGCAGAAGUCGGCACGCCAAAAUACUUGGCAAAUAAGAUGAAAGCGAAGGGUCUGCAGCGCCUGCGAUGGUACUGUCAAGUCUGCCAGAAGCAAUGCAGAGACGAGAAUGGAUUUAAAUGUCACGCACAAUCAGAAGCGCAUCUCCGUCAGAUGCUUGUCGUUGGCGAGCAUGCCGGCAGACAUAUCGCAGAUUUUUCCUCGCAAUUUCAGCAUGAUUUUGUACAACUACUGUCUAGACGAUUUGGCACCAAAAGAGUGUUCGCAAACAGAGUAUACCAGGAGUUUAUCCAACACAAAGAACACAUUCACAUGAAUGCGACUCGCUGGGUAACACUCACUGAAUUUGUCAAACAUCUCGGUCGGACGGGCAUUGCGCACGUGGACGAGACGGACGAGGGAUGGUGGGUGGCAUGGAUCGACAGCUCACCCAAAGCGCUCGCUAAGCAAGCGGCUACGCUCCAGAAGGAACGAGCGACCAUGUCUGACGAGCAGCGCGAGCGGAUCUUGAUCGCGGAUCAGAUAGAACGGGCCAAGGAACAAGAGGAGGCACAGGGUUCGAGAUCUGAAAGUCCUCCUGAAGAGGAGCUGGGAUUAAAGAGAGACGAGGGCACUGAAAAAGUCGUUCUCAGCCUUGCACCAAAGUCCUUGAAGCUGGACCAAUCGGCAAGGUCACAGCCCACGGGUGGAGGUGGACUGAAGUUGAACGGUAUCAAGCCCGAUAUCAACCCACUGAAGGCGAAUCCCCUGAAGCGCCCCAAUCCUCUCAGGUCUGCGGUGACCAGCAAAUCGGCUGAGUCGAGCGAGAAGAAGCGGCCUGUAACAGCAUUGUCAGCUGCAGAACGCAUUAUCUUGGAGGAGCAAGAACGGAAGCGACGACGCAUGGACCGAGAGAGUAUAACAGCAUAGGUCGGCACUUUCGAUGUAGUAUGUAUGUUAGGUACUGUACCAUUCACUCAGUGUUGCAAUGGCAUUUCCCCAUAAUUUAUGCCAGAUUUUUUGCCAGCAUAUACCGUUCCUCUAACCUAGCACUCCAAGAACCGACACCUGGAGUAGACAUAAGCAGAUC